GCCGCCUCUUCCUGCUAAUGUACCCCUGCACUUCAUGUGUAUUAUAUUUCCUUGAUAACUUGAUCAAAACUAACACUUGCUCUCCAUUUUCUUCUGAGAGUGCUCCGGUCUUUCAACACUUGCUCAGGAAACUUUGGAAAUUGAAAUAUGGAGUCUAAAAGUUCAAAAGUGUCUGGAAAGUGGAAAAACGAACUCGGUUCUAUAAUGGAGCUGAAGGAGAAUGGGACUGGUCAAAUUAGUGGGACAUACACAACCGCUGCGGAGUUCAAAGCCAGAAACAGUCCAGGAGAAACUGCUGACCUUGUGGGCUACAUCAAUACAGCGGAGGCUAAAAAGACUACUAUUGCCUUCUGCAUGGCCUGGAAAGAAGGCUCGUGUAGUGCAUUCUCUGGCCAGUUCUUCGAUGGCAAAGGUACUGGUGUAAUCAAGACCACCUGGCUUCUGCAUUCACCUGUGGAUUGCCUCCAAGACAACUGGGAAGCAACACGUGUUGGGGAGAACACAUUCAACAGAAUCUCCUGAAAGAAAAGGAAGUGGAAAAUGACUUGAGAAACAUUUUUCAAGUUUAUUAUCAAAAUAAAGUUUGAUUAACAUUGUUCAAAACUUGAUCAAAACUUGUGCUUUUGUCUUGUUUAACAGUA